CUCACGCCCCCUUCCACGUCGACCUGCACUCUCGCCAUAUUUUCAAUCCCACCGAGGACCCGCAGCCCCGUCUGCCGCCGAGCCGAGCCGCUGAAACCUUCGCCCGGGACUCACAAGUGUGACCAGGAGGCUGCUUCUGAGCUGCGAGGAGACUGAUCUGCGUUAGCCGCGUCUGCCAACCCAUCCCGCCGCCAUGAACAUCUUCAGACUGACCGGGGACCUCUCUCAUCUGGCUGCCAUCAUCAUCCUGCUGCUCAAGAUAUGGAAAAGCAGAUCCUGUGCAGGUAUCUCUGGAAAGAGCCAAAUCCUGUUUGCCAUCGUGUUCACAACACGCUACUUGGAUCUGCUCACCUCCUUCAUCUCCCUCUACAACACAUGCAUGAAGGUGAUCUACAUCGGUUGUUCGUGUGCCACGGUCUACCUGAUCUACAUGAAAUUCAGGGCUACCUAUGAUGGCAACCAUGACAGUUUCCGGGUGGAGUUCCUGGUAGUUCCCGUAGGAGGUCUCGCCGUUCUCAUCAACCAUGACUUCUCUUUCCUAGAGAUCUUUUGGACGUUCUCCAUCUACCUGGAGUCGGUGGCAAUCCUGCCUCAGCUCUUUAUGAUCAGCAAGACUGGCGAGGCGGAGACAAUCACCACCCAUUACCUGUUCUGCCUGGGCCUGUAUCGUGCUCUCUACCUCUUCAACUGGAUCUGGCGUUUCUAUUUUGAGGGCUUCUUUGACAUGAUUGCCAUUGUGGCUGGCGUGGUCCAGACUGUCCUCUACUGUGACUUCUUCUACCUUUAUUUCACCAAAGUGUUGAAAGGCAAGAAGCUGAGUCUGCCUGCGUAAAGCAUGGAGAAGGAGACAGCGACUCCCAGCAGACUCAGGGGGUGGGGAGAUGACAUCGUGGAAUCUCGUGACCUAUAGCAAAGGAUGCCUGAGACAGAGAGCAAACUAACGGGGAAAAACACUAGUCUUCUUGAUGAUUGCUGAUUGAACUGGUAAAUGCCAACAAACUCCAGAGCUGAACAAAGACCAUCCUGAAUCAACCUCUGGAUUUCUGUAUUCAGCAUCUUGCCUUAAACUUCUUUUCAUUGCUGUUCAAAUAGGAGAAAGGCUUCUUUUUGUUUUUUGUUUUUUUACAUGCGAGGUGUAUACGCUUUUUUAUUUCUUAUUUUUAUAAUGUCACAAAUGGAGUCAUGUCUGAAAAGUACCUUGAUUGACUUGGUAAUGAAAUGCACAAAUGUACAGUCUUAUUACAGAGAGCUAAAGAGUAAUGUAUCCGAGUGCCUGAUGAGGAUUAUAUCCAUUUAAUUUUCUCUACAUUACGAUUUGUUUUUGUCUCAGUAUUUUUUUUGCAUAUGCUCUCUUGUCAACAUUUUACAAAGGUCAACACAUCACACACAAAAUUUUGCCAUCUAAUAUUUUUCAAAACAUUAAAAAAACGAUUUUCUCUCUUUUACAAAUCAGUACUUUUUGUAUUUACAGCUCAUUCACUUUAAGAUGUAACCUGUAAAAUACUUUACUUAAAAUGCCAGCAGUCUUUUAGUCAUCAGUGUCAGUAAAUUCAAAUGUGGAAUGAAUGAAGCUCCUCAUGUCUUCGCGUCUUUUCUUCAGCUUACUGUUUUAAAGAAGCUACCAUUCAAUGCAGUUGUUCUGCAGCUUUGAUAUAGAUUUCAUACAAUCUUUAAAGCAAUGCUUUUUGGAUAUAGAGAUAGCACAAAGUUUGUUUCUGUCAUUAUUGCAUUCCAGUAAGCAACGCACGAUCACCAUCCAACAGUGACAUGUCAGUGAUGAAUGACUGAAGGUCAGGGCUGAGGAGAAUCCUCCAGCACUUCGAGUGGUUGUGACUUCUCAUUUGUGAACUGAAGUGUGACCAGUUCAACAGAUCUGACAUUGUAGUGCUCAGUAAUUUAAAUAGGUUAUCAUGCUGUUCAAUGAAUGAAUUUAUUGUUAAUUUAAAGUCCUCCCUAAUCUUUUCAAAAUUGCCAUUCCUCAAGGAUUAUUUCAACUUUUUACAUCUUUUUUUUUUGCAGAAUAUCACCUCCAUUAAAGAUUUUAUGAGAAUCAA